AUGUCAAUGAGCAUUCAACCUUAUUAUCCUAUUCCUGUUACUUUAACAUCUCUUAUUGAGACCUACAAAACUGAAAUUCAAGAAUCUGUUUCGAAACAUGAUCCAACCUAUGUCUUCAGAGAAUACUAUGUAUGCCAUCGUUCAGGCUCCGAAAGUGAACAUGGUGGUGUUGUCCGAGUUGGUACUUCCGUCCCGGCAUCCGGUUUGUAG